UGAAUUUUGAAGCCCUUUGUUAUUUCUGUAAUUUUCUUUUAAUUUGGUUUGAUGAAGCGAAAGGGGGUUGGAGAAGUAGAUGAUCAAGAAACGCCAAUUGAUAGACUGCCCUUUGACCUCUUGGCUCAUAUUUUUGCUCUGCUUACUUGUUUCAAGGAUUUGGCUCAGACGAGCGCUGUGAGCAGGAAAUGGAGAGAGGGGGUGAAAGAAUCCUUAGCUAGAAGAGAAUUUUUGAGUUUUUCUGGCUGGAAAGUGAAUGAUGAUUCUACUACUCGCCUCCUUCUUCAUGCUUACAGUCUCAAGGAACUCGAUAUCUCAAGGAGCCGUUGGGGUUGUCAAAUAACGGAUCGCGGGCUGUACCAAUUGUCCACUGCUAGAUGUAUUAGCAAUCUGUCAUCACUAUCUUUAUGGGGCACUACCGGGAUCACAGAUACAGGUGUUGUUCAGCUGAUCUCCAGAGCUUCUUCUCUACAGCAUCUGAAUAUCGGUGGUACAUUUAUAACAGACAUAUCCUUGUUUGCUAUUGCUGGUAGCUGCCCACACUUGAAGACUAUUGUGUUGUGGGGCUGUCGUCAUGUAACUGAGAAUGGACUUCUGGCUUUGGUAAAUAAAUGCCGCAAACUAGAGUCUAUUAAUGCAUGGGGCAUGAGGGUUACUGUGGACUGCUUUAUUGGCCUACUCACUAUUAGCCCAGCUCUACAGAUACAACCUAAAGGAAUGCUGCCUAAUAUUGCUGUCUUCUGAGGAGCCUUCUAAGUUCCUAUGUGAUUGCAACUAGUAUAUAUCUUGCUUGCCAAUUGUUGGAUGAACAAUAAUGCUUUGUACAGAUUCUUUUUGUGAUUCUCCUUUGUAUUAAUUUGGACAAUUAAUUGCCUGCAGUAAGAAGACAUCCUUUACAUUUAA